AUGAAGCGGACGGCGCCGCGCAGCGCCCUGCGGGGCCUCAUCAAGCAGCACAAGCCGCAGCUCCGUCUGGCUACCAACGUGGACCUCUUGGUCCAUUUGAACUUCUUACUAUUUCUUCAUCGAUUAGCAGAAGAAACCAGAAUAAACGCAUUUGAGAAUAAAAGCAAAAUAAUUAAACUUGAGCAUGUUAUAUCUGCUGCAAAGAUUACUUUGAAGAAGAGCCGAGGCUAGAAAAUCAAGAACUUUCUAAUCCUACCUGCUCUUAUGCAGUUUUUAUUAACUUCAGUUAUUGUAGACAAAAUCCUUGGAUACUGUAAAUAUACAUGAUUUUGUUGGUGUAGCUAUACCAAAUGCAGCUUACCUGUUAUGGAUCUGAUUCUUUUUUAAUGAAAAAUUUUGAAUCUUAUGUGACCUUGUUUAUACAAGAUGUGCCAUGAGGUAAAAUUAUAUUGCAGUGACAAUUUUCAUUCAUUCGCUGCUAUUCGAUGUAUAAACUUUCUGAAGUGCCUGAUUACUUUCACUGACAAAUUAGAAUCAUAGGAUCAUUGGGUCCAGCCCCCUGCAUGAGCAGGAAAGACAUCUGGGGUCCGGUGACCCCAGCCAGGUAUCCAUCCAGUUUUCUCUUGAAGACCUCUAGGGGAGAUGAUUGCAACACCUUUGGGGGGAGGUUGUUCCAUAGUCAGGGCACCCUAGUUGUGAAGAAGAAAUUGAGGGGGCGAGGGAAGAUGAUAUAAUUGCCAUUUUGUUUUUUACUGUAGUUUUGUGCCUCUUCAGAAUUUGUUCCCUUCCUAUUUUUAUAAGCUUGAGAUUCCUAUUAAGGAGGACUAUACAAUGAAUUAUAGCUCAAAUUGAAUCUGGUAUACACUCUAGUUUAUGGUAAAGUUCUUGAAACAUAAACAACUGGAAACUUUCUCUUAUAUUUUUGGAGAUCAGAUACAGAGCUCCCUCCCCCUUUCCCCAUAUUCAUGCUCUAACUUUUCCCAGGGUGCUGCAUUUGGUAAGUUGGUGGUUUGGUCUUAAUUCCGUUCCCUGUGGACAGGUGCACAUCAUAAAAACAAACUAGAAUAAUUGCCAUUCUAGAAAUUAGAUGCACUAGGGGUGGCAAGGAUACUUAUAUGCUUUAUUCUCCAGAGAUUGUCCUAUUCCUUGGUUGAAUCUGUGUGCGCAGGCAUGUAUUCUAUUUC